UCUUUAAAAUAGCUUGUGAUCAACGAGUACAUACAAGCAAAACAAUUUUUAUUUCAGAAGCAGUUAAAUAACAAUUACAAUCCCUUCUAAUUGAAUUAAUUUUGUUUUUACAGCAUUGAAUAAAUGGUUUAAAUAUUUGUUUAUGUAGUCAGUAAUAUCAUUAUUUUCAGUGAUACAAAUGUGAACUUUAACUUUUGUUUUAACUUCUAAGUCUGUUUCAGGAAUAUCUAUAUCAUUAUUUACAAUAUCAUCGGGUUGACUUAGAAAAUCAGGGCCGUUCUACCAUAGUUUUGACUGUCUCAAAUCAUUCGGAUUUAAACCUCGUAAGCUUAAAUUUGCUGGAUUAUUAAAAGUAUCAAUAUAACGACAUUGACUACUAUUUGCGAUAGUUAAAAUUUCUGCUGUUCGAUUAGCAACAAAUGUUGUCCAAGUACCAGGUGUUUUACGUAACCACGUUAAAACUAUAGUAGAAUCAGUCCAAGUGAACACACAAUUAUUUUGUAUUCUCAAAACAGUUUUAAGGCUGCUCAACAUCUUGGCUAGUAUAAAUAGCACCACAAGUCGUGGCAAUGUAACUUGUUUUACUGAAGCUACACGUGUUUUCGCGAAAACUAAAUGAACAUUAACAUCUUUGGCAUUCCAAACUCUGAUGUAGACAACAGCAACAUAAGCAGCACAAGAUGCAUCGUUGAAGCCAUGUAAUUCUAAUCUAGUAGUAGUAUUUGAAAUGCUGAGCCAUCUUGGAAAGGGUAUUGUAUGAUUUGCAUGUGAGAAAAUUUAUUUAGGUAAGUGAAUCAUUCAGUUUUUACUUCUAGUGAUAGCUCCUCGUCCCAAUCUAAUGCAGCUAGCCAUAAUUUCUGCAUGAAUAUUUUAAGAACAAUAAUAGAAGGUGCUAAACAAUCAAGAGGAUCAAAGAACUUAGUUAUCGCAGAAAGAACAGUUCGUUUAGUGACAUUGUGAGAUAUAAAUUCUAAAUUUAGUGUUAGUUCAAAGUUGUCAGUUUGUGACUUCCAUUUAAUACCUAAAGCUUUAAUAGCUUUUUCUACUUAAUAGUAACUGUACUUAAAGAAUCUCUUUUAUCGUUCGAAAUUUGAUUCAAUACUAUAAUAGUUUACUAUUAGACGACCAUUUGUGCAAAGGAAAGCCACCUCGAGCUAAUAACUCAGUUAAGCGAUUUUGAAGAAAUAUUGCAUUUUCUUCUGUUGACGUACCUGUUAACAAAUCGUCCAUGUAGAAGUCUUCCUUCACAGUUUCAGAUUCUCUAGGAAACUCACCACAUUUAUCUUCAGCAAGUUGGUGCAAUGUACGGAUGGCUAAAAAAGCACAAGACGUACCAUAGGUUACGGUUCAGCACUACCAUCGAAGACUACGCGCAACUUUGUACUCAAGCUCGACGGCCUAAGGACAGCAUGGUGAGACGAUUAAUAGCCAAGGUUUGUGAAUCACCAAGACUUGUGGAAAGAAACUCUUUAAAUGGCAAGCAAUCUAUGUAUCGACCAUCAUCGUUACAUGUACAGCAACCAACCCAGGCGAGAGUUAAGAGCAACGAGAGUGUUGUGUUUAUGUAUUCCAUCGAGAAUUAUGUGAGCAUGCACGUCGGCACCCAAUAAAACAUCUAUAGGACUCGGCUUGUGAAAAUCAGGAUCAGCUAGAUCUAAUUGCAUUGAUGAAGGCCAAGUACCUUGUGGAAAUUCUCGAGACGGUAAUAAUGAAGUCAGUUUUCUGAGUAUAUAAGCGUUAACUUCAAUACGUGAAAGUGAUGGGUUUUUACAAUGAAUUGUGAGUGUUACCAUAGAGUUAGUAGUAACUUCUUGUGAGUUGGAUAUUCCAGUGACUUUACCAAUUACAGGUGUGCGAUCAAGAUUCAACAGUUGUACAGCUGCUUCAGUAACAAAAGAAGCCUGAGAGCCCUGGUCUACAAGUGCCCUGAGAACGUAAGUAGAGCCAUUCUUUGCCUUUACUUUAAUUUGAGCUGUAGGUAAAAUAACUUGUUUAUUAUUUGUUUCAGGUUUCGUGUUAGCAGUAUGACAAGACGUAGAGGGACUCUGUACUGACUCAUUUCUCUCAGUUGUAAUCUCUGGUUUGUUAAGAGUUGUUAAAUGCAGCAAAGUGUGAUGACGUCGUCCACAUUUCUUACAGGUUGUGCUUUGCCGACAUUUAUUCACAGAGUGACCCUUAAUCAAACAGUUGAAGCAGAUGUUGUUCGUUUUUAUAAAAUGUUGACGUUCUGAUACGGUAAGUGUAGCAAAUUUCUUACAAUGACAAAUGUAAUGGUUCUGUGAACAAUAUGUGCAAGUACUAUUUACUUCAGUUACGUAAGUUUUGACAGAUGUAAAUUUUUGUGGUGUGUAUAUCUUCUUUGACAAUUCUUUAACUUGAGUUGAACUAAUCAUUUCUAGUGUUCUGAAUCUAUUCUCCAAGAAAGAAGCUAAAUCGGUAUAAGUAGGAAUCUCAGUAGAAUUACCAAGAGACUGCUCCCAAAGUUUAUGUGAUUCGGAGUCUAACUUUCCGACAAUAACAUAUACUAAAAUAGCAUCCCAGUUAGAAAUACAUAUGUUGAGAUUUUUCAACGAGUCAAGACAUUGACUAGUAGUGUCUAAUAAUUCUUUGAGACUUUUAGUUGAUUCGCCAGCUAACUUCUUUUGACUUAAUAAGCGAUUCAGUAUGUUGUUGACAAUAAUCCUCUUGUUGUCAUAUCUUUCUUCCAGCUUUU